AUGAGUCGACGCGACUUUCUGUCGAUGCCCGCGCCCGAGAACUAUGUGGCUGGUCUCGGAAGAGGAGCCACUGGCUUCACAACGCGAAGCGAUCUCGGUCCCGCGCGGGAGGGUCCCUCGGAGGAGCAGAUGAAGGAGAUGCUAGCAAAGCGUGCAGCAUCGCUAGGCCAGGCAGCUCCCUCGGCGUAUGGUGUCACUGAAAAGAAGGAGGAAGAGAGGGACGAAGAGGAGGAUCGGUUUCAAGAUCCCGACAAUGAAGUCGGUCUCUUCUCAAGCGGCAUGAACUACGAUAAGGACGAUGACGAGGCCGACCGCAUAUAUCAGGAGGUUGACGAGAAGAUGGACAAGCGACGCAGAGCCAGAAGGGAAGCUCGCGAGCAACAAGAACGAGACGAAUACGAACGAAACAACCCCAAAAUCCAGCUCCAGUUUGCCGAUCUAAAACGAGCCCUCGGCGGCGUCUCAGAAGAAGAAUGGGCAGCCCUACCCGAGGUCGGAGAUAUGACGGGUAAAGCGAAGCGCGCACGCGAAGCUCGACUGGCGAAUUCGAGGUCGUACGCUGUUCCGGACAGUGUCCUGGCCGCGGCAUCGAAGAGCGGUGAGCUUGAUACCACGAUAUCGUCGGACGCUGACGGCAUGACGACAAAUCUCGCAAGUAUCGGAGCUGCCCAACUGUCUGCCUUGACGGUACGGCUCGACACAGCAGCAAGUGCCCCUGGCACACAAACCACAACGACCUCCGGAACCUCGACGUCUGUGGACCCCAAGGGAUACAUGACGGCGCUUAACAAAAAGGAAGCUAUGGGCGAGGAAGUUCCAGUCGAGGAUAUCAACCGUGCGCGCGUGUUGCUAGAAUCGGCUGUCAAGACGAACGUCCAUAACGGUCCGGGAUACGUUGCGUUAGCGCGGCUCGAAGAAGUGGCCGGGAAGGUUCACACAGCCAAAAAGGUCAUUGCUCGUGGGUGCGAACUUUGUCCCAAAUCGAUAGUCGUUUGGGAGGAAGCGAUCAGGCUGAACAAGGACAAUCUUCACAACGCCAAGAUCAUUGCUGCCAAUGGCAUCAAGCAGAACCCCAAGGCCGUGAAACUAUGGCAAGCUGCGAUUGACCUGGAACAAACGCCGGCGUCCAGGAAGAAGGUCACUCGUCAAGCUCUUGACCACAAUCCCCAGAGUGUUGAGCUUUGGAAGACCCUCAUCAACGAUACGGAAGAACUGGAUGCGGUCCGCUUACUGUUCGCCAAAGCUACGGAUACUGUGCCUCUUUCUGAGGAAUUGUGGAUUUCAUAUGCCAGGGUCUCUGAACCGGAAGACGCGCAACAGAUUCUCAACAAGGCUCGCAAAGCCAUCCCUACCAGUUGGGCAAUCUGGAUCCAUGCUUGCAGGCUACAAGAAGAGCUAGGCAAAGUGGACAUGCUGGACAUGAUCAUGACCCGAGCCGUCAAAUCUCUGAUCAAGGAGAAUGCUAUGAUCAAGCGUGAAGAGUGGCUCUCUCAAGCUGAGAUCUGCGAGGAGCAAGGGAACACCGGCACAGCUGCUGCAAUCAUCAAAGCGACCGUGGGCUGGGGUCUUGACGAAGACGACGAGCGUCGAGACGUCUGGCUCGAAGAUGCCAGGAGUGUCCUCAACAGGAAUAAGCCGGAAACAGCCAGAGCCAUUCUUGGUUUUGCUGUCGCUAUCUUCCCAUACAGUACGACGGUUUGGCACGCAUCCACCGAUCUCGAAAAGCAUCAUGGUACAACAGAUACCCUCCUCAGUGUCCUAGAGCGUGCAGUUAAUGCCUGCCCUAACUCGGAGUCACUGUGGCUGCAAUAUGCUCGAGAGAUGUGGCAGUCAGGGAACCCUGAAGGUGCCCGCCAGGUUCUGGGUAGAAGUUUCGAAGCUCUACCAGGCAACGAAAUGCUGUACACCCGCGCUGUUGACUUCGAGGUCGACGCUGGCAAUUACGAGCAGGCACGCAGCUUCUUGCAGAUUGCUCGUGAAUCAGCUGCUACGGACCGCAUCUACAUGAAAUCAGCCGUCCUCGAACGACAACUGGAGAACUACGAGACGGCGAUCGACAUCUGCAAUCAAGGUCUGCAGAACUGGCCCGGUAGCUGGAAACUACACGCCAUAAAGGGGCAAGUCUAUGAGCAGCUGUCGAAGCUUCCGGAAGCUCAUGAGGCAUUCAACAUUGGCACACGUGCCGCACCAAAGGCACCCGUCUUGUACAUCCUCCUUUCCCGGUUACAAGUCAAGCAAGGUGCAGUCGUCAAGGCCAGAUCAACGCUAGACCGUGGCCGACAACAGAACCCAAAGAGCGCCGAGAUCCUUCUAGAGCAAGUCCGUCUCGAGCGCCGCGCGAACAACACAAACGCCGCUCAACAGCUAAUGGCCGGCGCCCUCCAACAAUGCCCCAACUCAGGCCUCUUAUGGGCCGAAAAGAUCAUGCACCUUGAAGGUCGCACCCAGCGUAAACCCCGCGCCCUCGAAGCCAUCAAGAAAGUCGAAAAAGACCCCCUCCUCUUCGUCGUCGUCGCACGCAUCUUCUGGGGCGAGCGCCGUCUCGACAAGGCCGCAACAUGGUUCGUCAAAGCCGUCACCCUUGACAGCGACUACGGCGAUGCUUGGGUCUGGUACUACAAGUUCCUGGAACAACACGGCACAGAGGAGAAGAAGGAGGAGGCGCUGAGUAAGGCGGCCAUGGCGGAACCGAAGCAUGGUGAGAUUUGGCAGAGCGUGGCGAAGGAUCCGAAGAAUGCGAGGAAGAGUGUCGAGGAGAUUUUGAAGAUUGCUGCGGCGAAAGCGGAGUAG